AGGAUCGACUUCACUGCUGUGUGGGGGAUACGGCCCGAGGGAGAAAAAAGGGGUGCUCGGAAGCGGCCCCCGACUCCCUCCCCUGGAGGCACAGAGGGCGGGGGCCUUGGCGAAUGGCUUUCUUGCUGGCCACUUGCGGAGGUUUGGAUUCAGGAUUUGUUCCUAGUGUCCAAGAUUUCGAUAAGAAACUUACAGAGGCUGAUGCUUACCUACAAAUCCUGAUAGAACAGUUAAAGCUUUUUGAUGACAAACUUCAAAACUGCAAAGAUGAUGAACAGAGAAAGAAAACUGAAACUCUCAAAGAGACAACAAAUAGCAUGGUAGAAUCAAUUAAGCACUGCAUUGUGUUGCUGCAGAUUGCUAAAAGUACUAUUAAUCCUGUAGAUGCAAUAUAUCAACCUAGUCCUUUGGAACCUGUGAUCAACACAAUGCCUACCCAGACUGUCUUACCUCCAGAACCUUCUCAGUUAUGUAAGUCAGAACAGCGUCCAUCUUCGCUACCUGUUGGACCUGUAUUAACUACCUUGGGACAUCAUCAGACUCCGACACCAAAUAGUACAGGCAGUGGGCACUCACCACCUAGUAGCAGUUUGACUUCUCCAAGCCAUGUCAACUUGUCUCCAAAUACUGUCCCCGAGUUCUCUUAUUCUAGCAGUGAAGACGAAUUCUAUGAUGCUGAUGAAUUCCAUCAAAGUGGCUCAUCCCCAAAGCGCUUAAUAGAUUCCUCUGGAUCUGCCUCAGUCUUGACACACAGCAGUUCAGGAAAUAGUCUAAAGUGUCCAGAUACCACAGAGUCACUUAAUUCUUCCAUGUCCAAUGGAACAAGUGAUGCUGACCUUUUCGACUCACAUGAUGAUAGAGAUGAUGAAGGGGAGGCAGGGUCGGUGGAAGAGCACAAAAGUGUUAUCAUGCAUCUCUUGUCACAGGUUAGGCUUGGAAUGGAUCUUACUAAGGUAGUUCUUCCAACAUUCAUUCUUGAAAGAAGAUCUCUUUUAGAAAUGUAUGCAGACUUUUUUGCACAUCCGGACCUGUUUGUGAGCAUUAGUGACCAGAAGGAUGCCAGAGAUCGAAUGGUUCAGGUUGUGAAAUGGUACCUCUCCGCCUUUCAUGCAGGAAGGAAAGGAUCGGUUGCCAAAAAGCCAUACAACCCCAUUUUAGGCGAAAUCUUUCAGUGUCACUGGACAUUGCCAAAUGAUACUGAAGAGAACGCAGAGCUAGUUUCAGAAGGACCAGUUCCCUGGGUUUCCAAAAACUGUGUGACAUUUGUGGCUGAACAGGUUUCCCAUCAUCCACCCAUUUCAGCCUUUUAUGCUGAGUGUUUUAACAAGAAGAUACAAUUCAAUGCUCAUAUCUGGACCAAAUCAAAAUUCCUUGGGAUGUCGAUUGGGGUACACAACAUAGGGCAGGGCUGUGUCUCGUGUCUAGAUUAUGAUGAACAUUAUAUUCUCACAUUCCCCAAUGGUUAUGGAAGGUCUAUCCUCACAGUGCCCUGGGUGGAACUAGGCGGAGAAUGCAACAUCAGUUGUUCCAAAACUGGCUAUAGUGCAAAUAUUGUCUUCCACACUAAACCUUUCUAUGGGGGCAAGAAGCACAGAAUUACUGCUGAGAUUUUUUCUCCAAAUGAUAAGAAGUCUUUUUGCUCAGUUGAAGGGGAAUGGAAUGGUGUAAUGUAUGCAAAAUAUGCAACAGGGGAAAAUGCAGUUUUUAUAGAUACCAAGAAGUUGCCUAUAAUUAAGAAGAAAGUGAGGAAGUUGGAAGAUCAGAAUGAGUAUGAAUCCCGCUGCCUUUGGAAGGAUGUCACUUUCAACUUAAAAAUCAGAGACAUUGAUGCAGCAACCGAAGCCAAGCAUAGACUUGAAGAAAGACAAAGAGCAGAAGCUCGGGAAAGGAAGGAGAAGGAAAUUCAGUGGAAGACAAGGUUAUUUCAUGAAGAUGGAGAAUGUUGGGUUUACGAUGAACCAUUACUGAAACGUCUUGGUGCCGCCAAGCAUUAGGUUGGGAAAUGCAAAGUUUACACCUGACGACCAGGGCAAUAGGCAUAAUUAAGCAGCAAUCUUCCUUUGGGAGAACCUAUUCACUCCCUUCUUAUUGCAGUGGUUCCUAUCUCAGGGAUACUGGACUUUAUGAUGCAGAUGAACAAUUAAAGCGAGAAAAGCUUCCCUUUUUUCCUUUUCUGUGGCAGUUACAAUUUUGACUUCAGUCCUGAGAAAAACUUCAGGUUUUGAAAACAAGAUGUCUGCUUUUUUCCCCAAACUCCAUGCUUUAAAAAGCAUUUAUAAAUCCCGAUCUUAACCCUUGCACACCUAGUAUGGCUGUUAAGAUAUACAUCUGUUCCUAGUUCACAUAAUCUUGGGUUCUGUACACACACACACAUACACAUACAUAUAUACCUGAUGCCACAUUUUUCAUAAAUAUUCCAUCUACUGUAAAUAUUGGUUCCUCUGAGUUGUUUUAGAAACUUAGUGCAAUGUAUUAAAAUCAAGUGUUAGGAAAUUUCAUGACCUCACCUUUAACAACUUUUGUUUCAGAAUUGGACUAUUAUUAAAUUGUAUCUAACUCUG